GCAGGAUGAAACAUUGAAAUAAUGCGCGCGUGUAUCAAGCGCUGGGUUUACGCGGGAAGCGAAUAAUUACGCACAACACGGCACCGACAGCUCGCGCACGAGUCAGUUAAGCGUUUAAAGUCCACUUGACACUUACAAGUGAGCUCACGUUUCAGCUGGAGUAGAGCACCGGGGUCAGAGAGAAACGGGACAGGUCUGCACGAUACCGAGCACCGAAGCACCGCCGCAGCUGUAGAGGAGAGCGCACGGAGGACCGGAGCGGGGCCGACAUGGACGAGCAGCCGCGCCUGAUGCACGCUCACGCGCCCGUGGGGAUGACCGGACACCCGGGCUUGUCUCAGCACAUACCGGAGAACAGCGACGGCGACGGGAGAAAGCAGGACAUCGGAGACAUCUUACAGCAGAUUAUGACCAUCACGGACCAGAGUCUGGACGAGGCGCAGGCCAGGAAACAUGCUCUCAACUGCCAUCGAAUGAAGCCAGCUCUAUUUAACGUCCUGUGUGAAAUCAAAGAGAAAACCGUGUUGAGUAUCCGUGGCGCCCAGGAGGAAGACCCUCCAGAUGCCCAACUGAUGAGAUUGGACAACAUGCUGCUGGCAGAGGGCGUGUCCGGGCCGGAGAAAGGGGGCGGGUCUGCGGCGGCAGCAGCAGCAGCGGCUGCGUCAGCUGGAAUAGGAGCCGAUAAUUCAGCAGAACACUCCGAUUACAGAGCAAAGCUCACUCAGAUCCGUCAGAUCUACCACACGGAACUGGAGAAAUACGAGCAGGCGUGCAACGAGUUCACGACCCACGUGAUGAACCUGUUGAGGGAGCAGUCUCGCACGCGGCCCAUCUCGCCCAAAGAGAUCGAGCGAAUGGUCGGCAUCAUCCACCGCAAGUUCAGUUCCAUCCAGAUGCAGCUGAAACAGAGCACAUGCGAGGCCGUCAUGAUCCUGCGAUCGCGUUUCCUAGACGCCAGGAGGAAAAGACGAAACUUCAACAAACAAGCCACAGAAAUCCUGAACGAAUAUUUUUACUCGCAUCUAAGUAACCCGUAUCCCAGCGAGGAAGCAAAAGAGGAGCUGGCAAAGAAGUGCUCCAUCACAGUGUCGCAGGUUUCCAACUGGUUUGGAAACAAACGAAUCCGAUAUAAGAAGAACAUCGGAAAGUUCCAGGAGGAAGCCAACAUGUACGCCGCCAGAACGGCCGUCAGUGCUGCGAGUGUGUCAGCGCAUGGCAGCCAGGCCAAUUCCCCGUCUACUCCAAACUCAGCAGGUUCUGCUGGCUCUUUUAACAUGUCAAACUCUGGCGAUUUAUUUAUGAGUGUUCAGUCUUUGAACGGGGACUCAUACCAAGGCUCUCAGGUGGGAGCCAAUGUGCAGUCACAGGUGGAUACCCUUCGCCACGUUAUCAGCCAGACAGGAGGAUACAGUGACGGCCUCGCAGCAAACCAGAUGUACAGUCCGCAGGGCAUCAAUGCAAACGGUGGCUGGCAGGACCCCACGACCCCCUCCUCAGUCACCUCCCCGACAGAAGGACCCGGAAGCGUCCAUUCCGACACCUCUAACUGAUUCCCCCCCACCCGGCCCGCUCCAACACGACACGUUCACCGCACAGAACGGACUGCCUACAUCAUCCAGACGACACCCGCUUUACAGUCAAUUCAUCACACACGUUCUUCUCUCGAGUGUGUAAAUGACUUUUGAAAACACAGACGAGUAUCAUCAGCCCUUGACAUUACAGAGUUCAUGCUACCUCUAAAACAUUUAUACAAAAAUAGUGACAAUAAACCGGUCGAGACACAGAUAAUAGGAAGUUUAGUAUAGACAUCCUUUGUCAUCAGAACAAACAUUACGUUAUGUUUGAAACAUUUUGCUAUUUUACCAUAGUGCCAAAGUACUUUUAUACAUUACACUAUUCAAUAACAUUUGCAUACCACUUUUUAGUUCAUCAUUUUACUGUAAAAUAACCUCUUGUUAAAAACAAGCAGUUAGAUGGAUUAACUGGGCCUUUAAACUAAAAUGAACUAGUUGGAUAUUUCUCUUUGUCUAACAACCUUUGAAUCUCAUUCAAUCAGAUUUUUUACAUGUAAAAUAAUAAACACGCAUCUCAAUAUUAAUUUAUUUGCAUCAUUUUGAUGAAUUCUAGUGAGGUGUUUGAUAAAAUCCUCCAGAAAUUUCGUGAUACAGGAUAUGAGUUUUAUUAUGAAUCAUUUUUCAUCACUGCGCAUUAGAACGCAAUAGAAGGCAAUCAAAAAAGUGAAGGAAUCCGCAAUGUGAAUUGUUUUUCACAGCAGCAUCUUUUCCAGUUUCGUACCACGUGAGCCCGACCAACGGGCGAUCUCGAUACCAAAAACCGCAGAUGUGUCCGUUCUUUACACCCAUAUCACUUUAUUAACAUUGUUCAUGUUGUAAAUUGUAUAAUAUCGUCGGCAUUGGGUAGCGUUUCACAGGAACGGCCUGGUGCGUUAGACUCGAAACCAAAAAUCCAGCUGCAAUUCUGUCGUGUUUCUUGAAAAGAAAAGGAAAACAAAUGAUGGCACACAAAUGCAGAAAUUGUUUGGAUAUAUUUUUGAUGCCCUCCCGUUGUGAAUAGCCAAUUCUCGUUUCUUAUUUCAUAUUCGGCUUGUUUACAGGGCAGCAAUAGAUUUUAUUUUCUCGCAGGCAUAAUGUGAAUUAGCCCAAGAAUGCGCGCUAGCUUGUAGAUGUGCACCUUUAAUCUUUUUUGUUAACAUAUUUACAUACAAUGAGAAGGUCUUUAUGAGGGCAGCUGUGGGUUAUAAUCCAUAAUGAGUGAAUCUUAUUCAAAAUAUAUCCAAAAACGGAUCAAAUUUGAUAUCAAACAAUAACAAAAUCAGGGUCUGAAUCUGACACAAAGGGUCACAAAGGGACAUAGGUGCUGUUGAUCCCUAUAGAUUGUGUCUUAUCGUGAAAUUUUCAGAUCCAGACCCAUCCCGCCCAUUUCAGAAGUGUACACAGGGAGGAUUCAGGUUCCAUUUGGUCAUAAUGUUUGUAUCGCUGCCUGCCCUGCAGAUCCAGAAAAGCCUCAUAUAAUGAUGCUUUUAGUUUUCGCAUAUAACGCAGUUUGUAAAACAUCAAAUGUUUACUUUGUUGCAUGUGUUUUGUUCUUUCAAAUCCUGCAGUGUUUUUGAAUGUUUCUUCUUUUUUUUAUAUCAAGCGCAGAGACGUUCUCUUCUGGAGUUUUAACUUUUAAGAUCUCUGCAUAUGUACAAAAGGAAUAACACAGUACAGCAAACUGUUGUCUUUUUGAUUCCAACCUGUUUUUGUGAAGAAAAAACUAACAAGAUGUAGGUUUUUGGUCUCUUAAUUUGUACUGGUAAUGCAUAUUCUGAAAUAAAUAGUUUCUUUUGUU